UAUUGUCAUUGGGUUGAAUUAGUUUCGUACACGUUGUUUCACUCGGUUUUUAUUUUUGAAAGCAACUAAAAACUUCAAAUGUACAAUUUCAUUUCUGAUUCAUUUUAGCGCCUGUAUCGGGAGAACGAUUUCUCGAUCCAUUCGCGAAUUACAAAAUUACAAUAGAAUUGCACAGCUUCUUUAAAAACGCAAAACCCCGAAACCCGUAAAAAACAAUUAAUUAACAAUUAAUUCUUACAGUUACUUUAAGUUUUUCAAUUUGCGAGAUGCCGACCAAAAAGCAUCAGGCGAAGCUCGGAUGGCGAGACAUCAGUAAUGAAAAUGCCAAUAUUGAGCAGAAUCCAAUCGAAGAGGAUUCUUACAACGGAUCCCAGCUGCGUUCUCGUCGUGGAACUGUUCCGCUCAUUGAAUUCCUUGGUCCGAACUUACUGGAGUUCAAUGCAAACGACAACUCGGCGGAAGUUGACGUCAAGCGUAUUUUGUCCCGUGGUCAGAAGGAACCAACUAGGCAAGUGUCUUUUAAGCCAACUGAUGCUGACUUUCCCACUGUGGGCUCAAUGCCCAACAGGAAAAUCAAGCCGCAAACUAAGGUCGCUGUUGAUGUGGGAGUAGCAACUGGUGCAUCGAUUGGGACAGGAGCAGUAUUUGAUCCACGGUUUGAUGAUGGCUUUCCAACGCUUGGCUCAAUGCAAGGCAAGCCGCAAUCUAAAGUGGCUAACGAUGCGAAGCGAAUAGCAGUGAAAGUUGAUAACAUAGCAUCAGGAGUGCAGCCUGAAGUCGCAGCUGAAACAGCACCAGCUGCAACAGUUGCUGUUGUGACGCCACGAGCAACACAAUCAGCGAUUGUCCAGCAAAUUCGUGAGCAAAUGGCGCCUGCAAAGCCUUUUCAAAACCGCAAGACAUACAACAAUCAUCCUGGUGCUGGCUCUAUGGAACGUCAGCCAUCGAAUACAACGCUGCCACGUCAUGGUGUAAACGCUCAGUUUAAUGCUUCAUUUCGUCGCAUACCACAAGCACAGAUACGUCCACCAGCUCCAGCCUCGAUGGUCAUGAAUCGAUCUUCGCCUUUGCUGCACGCGACUCCAAGACCAUCGUCGUUACCUGUGCAGCGUUCUGCUUUGUCGUUGCCUGUGCAGCGUCCGCCACAUUCCUUGUACAUGAAUCGCCCGCCAGCGCCAAUACAAACAUAUUCAACACAUCGUUUGUCUGUGCAGCGUUCUCAUCCUUCGUUGCCUCUGCAGCGUCCUCCUCCAGCGAUAGAUGCCAGACGUACUCCAGCAGGAUUGCCGAUGAAUCGAACAUCUUCGCAGCCACCUCGAGGACAUCUGCUGCCGACGCCUUCGAGCUCAUAUGUAGCUCCCCCGCCACGUGCCUCGCGUCCCAUAGUGCACCAUGUGCCCGACUUUGUUGUGGGUGCACCUAGAGUGACCUCCAAUUCAUUCGUUGGUCCUCGUCCUGCCUUCAAUGAGAAUGCAUUCUUUGUGCGCAAUCAGCCGCAAUUCAAGACCUCACUCAAUUGUCAUGCUGCUGAGUUUCGUCCUAGUUACAUGAUGGUCAACGAACCAAUGCCAGAGCCUCCCAUAGAGCCAAGAGGUCGCAAGAAAUCCAUGACAGAGCGUCGCAGGCGUCAACGUUUCUAUCGCACUCUGAAGCCCAAUGUGAUGUUUGGGAUCGGUGAAGUGCCGCCAGACUUGCCACAGAUGAUGCCGAGGCCAAUCCAUUUACCAGCUGAAGUGUCACAAGGAUGUUUUUCAUCGACUGGACCACGCUCCUCUUUUAACCCUGCUUACGGAUCCAAUUUCCCACGUGGACAGGCUUAAACAACAUGUUUGAAUCACUUUUCAAUGGCAAAUUUCGCUGCAUAAGUUUUAGCAACUUUAUAAUUUCACACUAUGCAAUUUAAAAAUCACUUUAUUACGAUUAUUCCUAUAUUUUAUAUAGUAGCAGAAAAAUGCUCGCAAACAUUUAUAAAUAUAGAGUAUAAUAAAUUGU